AUGCCCGUUUCGUCCCAUGCCCGUUGCAACCGUCGGCUCUGGUUGGCCUGGCCUGGCCUGAUGUCUGCCGCUGCGGGAUGGGGUAACUGUCACGACGCACCAAUCCGAUGGAUUCUCGCUCCAACGACUCCAAGCCGGGCCGUGCAUUCGUCUCUUCUCGCCUUCUCUGUUCCGUCGUCUGCUCCCUUCUCCUACGGCACCUCCAAAGAAGUUGUGAAACACCGCGAUACCUUCGAGCCUGGUCUGACUGACACCUUUCGCCUCGAGUCACGCACCCCCCGUUCAGCCGAACCUAAUCGCAUCGGUCCGGUCUUUGUCGAUUGCAGCCUCGCAAACCGCCACUGCGCUAUCGCGGCGCACCACCAUCUGCCCACCACGUCUUCCACCAAGCUUCUUCGUCUCCAGACACAGCACGCCAUGUCCCCGUCGUCGACGGGUGACUCCCCGCGCUCGGCCACGGGCAACGGCAACGCGGGGAGGUCUUUUCCCGUCCCGUCGCGCGAGGCCUUCAACGUCGACGUUCCCUCACCUUCCAUGACCAACGGCAUCCACCCUCUCAAGUCACCCGCCUCGCUCAAGGUGCAAAGGACGCCCAGUUUCAGCAGAGAUGGCUUCCUAGGUUCCGUGCAAAAAGCCCGGAACAUGUCUCAGUCCUCCGAGAACCGUCCCGAUGCUCUGACCAAUGGCAUGCACAAGGCGCCCAGCGACGAGGGGUCCAACCCGCUAAAGAGGAGGAACACGGACGUUGGCAUCGACUACCCACGGAGGAGGGCCACCAUUGCAUGUGAAGUGUGUCGCUCCCGCAAGUCUCGCUGCGAUGGCACAAAACCAAAGUGUAAGCUCUGCGCCGAGCUGGGCGCCGAGUGCGUCUACAGAGAACCCGGCAUCAAGCUGGAUGCCGGGGAUAAGCUGAUUCUCGAGCGCCUCAACCGUAUUGAAAGCCUGCUGCAGAUGAACAUGGUCGCCGGACAGGGAAACGGCAUCGCCAUGAACCAAGAGUCGCCGUCGAUGAGCAACGGAUCAGGCCUCAACGGGGACAGCUUGAUGGGCAUACCAGGCUCAGGCAACGCCGUCUCCAUCAUCCCCAACGGCGGCCUGGGCACGUGGAACAACCCGACAAACAUUUCAACCAUGCCCAAGAUGCAUACAAACGCGGCGCUUCACCUAUUGCAGUGGCCUCUCAUUCGCGACCUCGUCUCUCGCCCCUAUGACCCGCAAGUCCUGCUCCAAUUGGAAAUGGCCCGCGAGCCUCUCCAUUCGCUCACAAAGACGCCGUGUGUCGACCUGUCCAAUACGACUGCCUACAUCGAGGCCUACUUUGAGCGGGUGAAUGUCUGGUACGCCUGCGUCAACCCGUACACGUGGAGAAGCCAUUAUCGAACAGCCCUCUCCAACGGCUUCCGCGAGGGCGCCGAGAGCUGCAUCGUCUUGCUGGUCCUGGCCCUGGGUCAAGCGAGUUUGAGAGGCAGCAUCUCACGCAUCGUCCCGGGCGAGGACGCUCCCGGGCUGCAGUACUUUACGGCCGCGUGGGCGCUGCUGCCCGGUAUGAUGACAUCCAACAACGUCCUGGCGGCGCAGUGCCACUUGCUGGCUUCGGCUUAUCUGUUCUACCUGGUGCGGCCCUUGGAGGCUUGGAAUCUGCUCUGCACCACCAGUACCAAACUUCAGCUCUUGCUCAUGUCCCCCAACAGAGUCCCGCCCAAUCAGCGGGAGCUCACUGAGCGAAUCUACUGGAAUUCACUUUUGUUUGAGAGCGAUCUUUUGGCCGAGCUGGAUUUGCCACAUUCGGGCGUCGUUCAAUUUGAGGAGAACGUCGGCCUUCCUGGCGGCUUUGAGGGUGAGGAGCAAGAAGCGAUUGGCCGGGACGACCUCUGGUACUUCCUCGCCGAGAUUGCCCUGCGGCGGCUCCUCAACAGGGUCAGCCAGCUCAUCUACUCAAAAGACUCGAUGGCUUCCACAACCAGCCUGGAGCCGGUGGUGGCGGAGCUCGACUUUCAGCUGACGCAAUGGUACGAGAGCCUGCCGAUGCCGCUGCAGUUCCCCUUCACCCGUACCCUCCUCUCCGAUCCGGUGCAGACCGUGUUGCGCUUGCGCUUCUUUGCUUGCCGGACGAUCAUCUACCGCCCGUACAUCUUGGCCGUAUUGGACAAUGAGCAGGCCGUCCUGGACCCCGCGGUGCGUGACAGUUGCCACAAGUGCCUGGAAGCCUCCAUCCGGCAGCUGGAGCACAUUUCACAACAUCACGCCGGCCACAUGCCAUACCUGUGGCAGGGAGCGCUCUCCAUCGUAUCGCAAACGCUACUAGUCAUGGGUGCGACCAUGUCACCCUCUUUGAGCAGUAUCCUCCUCACCCUCGUUCCCCACAGGGAAACCAUCGAUCAGAUCAUCAACGACGUGGUCAUGGAGAUCGAGCGAUACUCGACACUGGCCCCGAGUCUGAGCCUGGCAGCCGAGAUUAUCAAAGAGGCCGAAGUGCGAAGGAGGGCAUACCUGAGCGUGCGACCCGCGGCAGUCUCCAGCUCCACGUUCCUGACGGUGGGCCAUCGCCAUGAUCCUCCUGCAAACGACCCUGGGGUUGAGUGCCCCGCCGCCCGUUUGGCUGGGAAAGCCGGCGUACAGUCGCAACAGCAUCGAGCGUGCAAAGCUACACUGAACGGUGGAGGCGUCCAUCUGGGGUGCAGACAGAAAUCCGGGGUCACGCCAUCUGGAAAUGGGGGCUGGACGCCGCCCUGCGAAUUGGCGUGGCUUGGUUGGCGGCCAAUGAGCCAGCCUGGCGCCAACCCAUUUCGAGAUGGCUCUGCCGCCGACCCCCGGGAAUAG